AUGAUCCGCGCGCCGUGGUUCACCGUCACGAACCUGCUCAAGGCGCUCGACGCCAGGCGCGCGGGGGCGCGGCCGCGCGGGACGGGGAAGUCGCGCGCACUGGCGGAGAGGGGCGCGGAGCUGUUCGACCGCGCCAUGCGCGUUGUCGUGUACAGCGGGGGAUGCCACGUGCGAGAUGUGCGGAAGAUGGCGGAACAGGUGGCGGAGGGAGAGGAGGAGGGGAAGAAAGAGAAGGAUGGACACGAUAGCGGGUCUGUGAGUGGGGUUGAGCAGAAUAAACGCGUAGGGGAAGAGAAAGGUGCUUCUUCUUCCUCUUCCUCCUCCACCACCUCCUCCCCCCCUCGCUUCCACAUCCCAGCCUCCUAUGAUCUCGCUGCGCACCGCCUCGCCCGCGCCACCAACGCCUCCCUCGCCUCCACGCGCGCGCUCGUUGCCACGCUCGCCACCGCCGCGCGCCUCAACCCGCUCGCGGACCCCCACACGGCCGCCAUCCGCGCCACCGCCGCAACCCUCUCCCUCCCCAUCGUCACCCUCCCCGCACACCCCGCCGUGUGCGCGCUCCUCGACGACCCGGCGGCGCUACUUAACAAAGUGCCGGCGGGAGUGGUGGAGAGCGAGGGGUGGGAGCGGUGGCGGUGGCAUGUGAAGGUGGCGAUGGACACGGUGCACGUGGUAAGGCAGUGUGUGCACACGGGCGCGCGCAUGGUGCUGCUGCUGCAGGAUGACGUGGUGCCAGCGUGGCAGUGGGACGUGGGGCUGGAGCGGUUCGUUGCCGUGGACCUGCCGCGAUUGGUGGGCGCAAGGGGGGGAGAGGAGGAGGAGGAGAGAGAGAGGAAGAGGGGAGGGGACGCGAAGCAGAAGGAGGAGCAGGGGCGGGAGGAGGAGAAGGAGCAGGAGGGCAAUAACGGAAGGUUGGGAGGGGCUGAGAGUGGCAACAAGGGCCGUGGCUUGCGCACCAGCUACCCUUCCUGGGACGUGCUGUCGCUGUACUACCCACAGACGUACGGGUGGAAGCUGGCCCACGGGGCGGAGUACCCAGUGCCGUGCUGCGCGCAGGCGCUGCUUCUCAACGCGUCCACGGUGGACGGGCUGCUGGGGCACGUGGAGGCGGGGCUCAUGCACGCGCCCCUCGACCUCCUCAUCCAUGAGUACCUCCUCUCUGGUGCUGUUCGGGGCAACGGUGGUGAUGGGAGUGGAGGCGGUGGUAAAGGUGGUGGCUUGGGUGAUAGUGAGGGUGGUGGUGCUGGUGAAGGGCGACGUCCGAGGGCGUAUGUGCACAUCCCAUCGCUCUUCCAGCACAUUGGGUUUGUGAGGACGAAUGCUCUCAAGGGGAACCAGGGCCACAGCGACAAGCGCGAGGAGGACUACUACCAGGACUCGGAGGAGGAGGAGCAGGUGGACGACUCGGACGACGACGAGGACUAUGGCUUCGACGACCCCGACGUCGACGACGACGAUCCCGUGCUGCGACCCAGACAGGUGCGGUACAAGAUUCUGUCGGAGAAGGACAUUCUGCAGCGGCAGCAGGAGGCGACCGGCGACGUGGCGACGGUGCUCUCCAUCCCCAUGGACGACGCCGCCAUCCUGCUCCGCCACUUCAAAUGGAGCGUGAGUCAGGUGAACGACGAGUGGUUUCAGGACGAGGACCGCGUGAGGAAGGCGGUGGGGCUGCCGCGCCCGCACUCUCCCUCCUCCUCCUCCGCCUCCGACCGCCGCCCCGGCAAGGAACCCGAGCCGCACCUGACAUGCGGCAUCUGCUUUGAGAGCUACCCCCAGGCGGCCAUGAAGCCUGCAGAGUGCUUCGACCACUUCUUCUGUGACGCCUGCUGGCAAGGCUACGCCAAGGCAGCGGUGGCGGAUGGGCCGGGGUGCCUCUGUCUGCGCUGUCCGGACCCGUCGUGUGGAGCAGCGGUGGGGGAGAAGCUCGUGCUGGCGUCGCUGCCGGACGCCCUGCGCGCCAAGUACCUCAAGUACCUGCUGCGCUCCUAUGUGGAUGACAACCGCAAUGCCAAGUGGUGCCCAGCGCCAGGCUGUGAGUACGCAGUGGAGUAUCUACCGGACUCCACGCACUACGACGUCAUCUGCAAGUGCUCCUUCGCCUUUUGCUGGAAUUGUUUGGAGGAGGCGCAUCGGCCGGUGGACUGUGAGACGGUGGGCAAGUGGAUCCUCAAGAACAGCGCCGAAUCAGAAAACAUGAACUGGAUUUUGGCGAAUUCCAAGUCGUGUCCCAAGUGCAAGCGGCCCAUAGAGAAGAAUCAGGGGUGCAUGCACAUGACCUGCACGCCUCCCUGCAAAUACGAGUUCUGCUGGCUGUGUCUAGGUGCAUGGUCGGAGCAUGGGGAGAAGACAGGUGGCUUCUACGCAUGCAACCGAUACGAGUCCGCCAAGCACGAGGGCGUGUACGACGAGACGGAGAGGCGCAGGGAGAUGGCGAAGAACUCACUGGAGAAGUACACCCACUACUAUGAGCGCUGGGCCGCUAACGAGCAGUCGAGGGUAAAGGCGCUGGAGUCAUUGCGGGAGAUGCAAACCGUCAAGAUAGAGCAACUGAGUGAGCGCCACAGCCAGCCCGUCUCGCAACUCAAGUUCGUCAUUGAUGCAUGGCUGCAGGUGGUGGAGUGUCGCAGAGUCCUCAAGUGGACAUACGCCUACGGCUACUACCUGCCGGAAGCAGAGGUGGCGCGGAGGCAGUUCUUUGAGUACCUGCAGGGCGAGGCGGACGCGGCGCUGGAGAAUCUGCACAAGAUGGCGGAGAAGGAGCUCGAGCUCUACAUCUGCGAUGACGGGGACCCGCCUCCGACAUCUUUUAACGACUUCCGGUCACGGCUGGCGGGGCUGACCAGUGUGACGCACACGUACUUCGAGAACCUAGUGAGAGCACUCGAGAACGGUCUGGCAGACGUCGAGAACGCCUCUACAGCUGCCUCCUCCACGCGUGCUGCCGCUGCCGCCGCAGCAGCAGCAGCGGGGCGAGCCAUCGCCAGCACCUCACGCAUCUCCCAGUCCCGCUUCGGUGCGCGCACCCGCUCCCGUACCACUGCCGCUUCCGCCGCCACUGCUUCCACGUCUGCUGCUGGCUCCUCUGCUGCAGGCCCAAGUGGUUCGUCUGCGGGAGCAGCAGCAGUGGGUGGUGGAAGUGGUGCCGGGUCGAGCCGCGGGAGUAUUUUCCGGUCGUCGUCGUCGCAAGCGGCCGCUGCGGCGGCAGCAGCGGCAGUGACGGUGGGGAAUACGGGAGGGAGGGAUCGGGAAGAGACGGCGUACUGGUCGUGCGAGCACUGCACGUAUGCAAACCCGUUGCCCGGCCGGGCAUGUGCCAUGUGCCAUCUGCCACUUAGCACCCAGUGA